AUGACAUAUUUUAAGCUUGUUUGCUACACUUUGAGUUUUAAAAAUGGUCUCCAUGGGUUAUCAACACAAUCUGUGCUGUUUAAAGUUUGUAAACGACAAUCAAUACAGCAUCUGGCCAGAAUAUCAACAUCUAAACAUGUUUAUAGUAACCCAUUGAUAAGUCAAACUCAAUCUACGAUAAAAAAGAAGAGUAAAAAUGUUCCUCAAGACACAAGGGUGUGGAAGGAGACCCCCACUCAUGAUGUCAAAAAUAACCUAGUCCAUUACUGUAUGAUGCUCUCCAAGUUUCGACUAACUUCCUUAGUUGUAAUGACAUCAAUGGCUGGAUAUGCUCUUGCACCAGCUCCAUUUGAAUUUUCGACUUUUGCCCUUUGUGCUGUGGGCACAGGUCUCGUUAGUUCAGCGGCUAAUUCUAUCAACCAGUACCAUGAAGUACCAUUUGAUGCUCAGAUGUCUAGAACUAAAAAUCGGGUGCUUGUUAAGGGUUUGCUAGAACCAGUGCACGCUAUAGGUUUUGCGGCAGCUACGAGUGCUACCGGACUCAGUAUAUUGUACUUAGGAGUUAAUCCUCUGACUGCUGCCCUGGGAGCAACUAACUUAGUGCUCUAUACAUCCAUAUACACACCCAUGAAGAGAAUGUCCAUUGUUAAUACAUGGUUGGGAUCUAUUGUGGGUGCAAUUCCCCCAUUAAUGGGCUGGGCAGGUUGUACAGGUUCCUUAGACAUGGGUGCGUUAGUGUUAGGCGUCAUACUAUACUCAUGGCAAUUCCCACAUUUCAACGCACUGUCUUGGAACUUAAGACCCGACUAUUCACGCGCGGGUUAUAGAAUGAUGGCGGUCACUGACCCAGCUCUAUGUCGCAGAGUGGCGUUACGACACACGGGUUUAAUAACCGCCAUUUGUCUGGGCGCGCCCUACCUCGGUGUUACCAAUGUAUGGUUCGCGGCCGAAUCGUUACCACUUAAUAUUUAUUUUUCGUACUUAGCUUGGCAAUUUUACAAGAAAUCAGAUAGCGGUAGUUCAAGAAAAUUAUUUAGAUUUUCACUUAUACACCUUCCCGCGCUGAUGUUACUAAUGCUCGUCAACAAGAAAUAUUGGAGUUCAGCGGAAACUCAAGAGAAGGAAUUCAAAACUCAAGAUUUAAAACUGGAUCCAAAGAGAAUAACAGUUUUACCGCGAGGGCCAGUUGUGGCCGCGCAAGAGGCGGAAGACAUACGAUAA